CCAGGAGCUUCAUCCAUGCAGCGAAUCGCACAUGGUUCAAGCGCCAAACCACGGUGGUCAGGGGUGCAGCAGCAAGGCUUCCGGUGACUUGGGAGCCGGAGGUCUUUUUUCUGGGUCUCACAUCAGGUGCUGACACUGUCAUUGAAGUGCCCAUUAUGCGAUGGGAGCACGAGACGGUGUACGACCCGUCGCCGGACUGCUGGAAACAGAAUCCGCCCAAGACCAAUUGCAGGCAUUGCUCCUUGAUUGAUGGUGUGGACCUCUUUGACAACAAACUCUUCGGUUUGUCACUGGCGGAAACCAAAGGCAUGGAUCCUGGUCAGAGAUUGGUGUUGGAGGUCACCUACGACUCCCUCUACAGGAGUGGAAUGAGGAAGAACACCUUGAUCAACUCCACUUGCGGAAUGUAUGUGGGAACCUCCCAGAGUGAGUGGAACUCCGCGGAGAAAGCUGCCGAUGUUGGUAUCUUCGGCGCGACCGGCGGAGCGCCCAGUAUCACAGCAGGUCGUUUGAGCUUCUGCUUGGGCUGCAAGGGAGCAUCCUUGGCCAUCGAUACUGAGGCUGCCUCGGGGCUGUCGGCGGUCUUCUGGGCCGCAGAGUCAGUUGAGAAGAAGGGCGCAGGGCACAUCCAGGAGAUGGCUUGUGGCAUUGGGGUGCAUCUGUGCCUCGCCAAGGCCUGGUGGCCCGCCCACACGGCCGCUGGGUUCCUGUGUCCCGGUGGGCGAUGCUUCACCUUCGACGCCAGCGCGCAAGGACACGUGAGGGCGGAAGGCGUGGGCACCAUGGUGCUGAAGUGCCAGGAGAAAAUGGAAGCUAUAGAGGUGAAGGAUGAUCACAUGAACGUCGGAACCAUUGUGGGUGGUGCCACCCAAAACAGCGGAAAGAGCGCGGGCAUGAGUGCGCCCAAUGGACCUGCAGAGCAGGCAGUGUUGAUCGAGGCCUGUCGGAAGUCGGGGAUCAUGGCCUUGGAUGUGGAUGUCGUGGAGUGUCAUGGCUCCGGCAGAUUCAUCGCAGAUGCCAUCGAGGCUGCCUCCUGCGGCCGCGCCCUGCGGAGCGGUUCCGAGCCGGAACAAGAGGCUGAGAUGCUUCAGCUCUGCAGUAUGAAGACCAACAUUGGCAACGCCAUUGAAACCAGCGGCAUCGCCAGUUUGAUCAAGACGCUGCACAGCAUCAGGUGGGGCAUUGUGUGUGGCAACAACCACCUGAACCAGCUGAAUCCGCAUUUGGAUCCCGCAAACUGCCCGCUCUUGCUGUGCACCGAGCCCACGGAGCAGAAGCUCAGUGCCGUCUUCAUGGGCGUCUCAUCCUGGGGCUUCGGAGGGACCAACGUGCACAUGCACUGCUAUGGUGGAGUGGACGAGGAGAUUCGCUUACCUCCUGAGCCAACGCCACAGGAGCUGAGACCGAGGCUGUCAUAUUGGCCCAGUGGCGGUGGUGACCUGGGAAGCAUGAGCCGACCUCGCAGGGGAUUCUUUAUCAUUGGUACUUGGACGAGCUGGAACGAGCCUGAAGCAAUGGAGGACGAGGGUGAUGGUUGCUAUGGCUACACCCUUGUGUUGGGAGAACAGCGAUGGGAACAGUUCCAGUUGCUGGUGGACAACAAUUAUGCCAAGGUGCUGCACCCUCGACGCUUCAAGGCGCCCAAGGGCACAGAAGUCUAUGGCCCGACGAGAUAUGAGGAAGUGAUGCAGGAAAGCACUUGGUUUGUCGACGGACGACCCUUCAGUGCGCAGAUCCGACCCAUCGCCGACCAAGGCUCUAGCGCCGUGGAGCGGCAAUCUUCGCCCAUGGAGUAUAAGAACGAGGAUGAAGGAAUGGCUGGUCAGCGGUACCGCAUUCGCUUACACAUUGCUGGAAAGUGGCGAACUGUCACUUGGGCGAAGCUGGAGGAUGGGGCACAAGCGGCGCUGAAGGGCUAAGAUGUUCCACGAGGGACUGCGCAUGACUGCGCGCACUUCGUGCCUCUUCGACCAAUUCCUUCCGCGAGC